ACCUCAGUCAUUAAAAGAAACGCCACAAAACUGACCCAGGAGCAGUGUGAAAAGGCAGCUUCUACUAACACAGGAAAUAAACACCCUGACUGAAUGAGACUUCCUGCACAGUGUUAUAAAGGAUACUCUCUCCUAAGUCAGACUGGUCAGUUUUUCAGAGACUCAUUUGAGGAAGGGAGGUUAGCGCGUGUGUGUGCAGCUUGGAUCAGAGGAGAGGAGCUGUAAGAACAAGGCGGUGUGUGUUCUCGUCCCUGCUGGUCGGGGUACGAGUAGGGAGCUGGCCUCCCCAAAUAGACACUUUUGAAUCUCAUUUCAUCAUCCUUGUCAGAAAAAUUAAUGCAAAUGGAAGAGGGAUACCGAAGCUCCUCCGAGCACACUGCAGUGGAGUCACUCCAUGUGAUGGAGGUGAAAGGCUACAUUAAGGAGUUCACCCGUCACUCCAACGACGUGUUGCUGAACUUAAAUGAACUGCGGCUUCGGGACAUCCUUACAGAUGCCACGCUGCUUGUGGGCACCGCCAGGCUGCGCGCCCACUGCGCCGUGCUCAUCGCAUGCAGUGGAUUCUUCUACACUUUCUUCUCUCGUCGAGCGGCUGGUGCUGGCGGUGAGCGGGGGUUUUCUCUCACUCUGCCGGAGGGGCUGGACGCAGGCAGCGUGUCCCUGCUGCUGGACUUCAUGUACACCUCCUGCCUCCCUCUCACGCCCCGGACAGUAUCUGGUGUGCUCGCCGCUGCCACCUAUCUGCAGAUGGAGCAUGUCGCUGACACCUGCCGAGCAUUUAUUCACAGUGAAAGGAUCUCUGUGAGUCCUUCUUUGAUGGAGCCAGCCUCCAGAGCACCCCUCGGUGGAAGGUCACCUCCUGCUCAUCCCACUAUCUUCUCCUCCCCCUCCAGGCCUGCCGCUGAGGCAGAAGAUCCCAUCCCAGACAGAGCCAGGGUUCCAAGUGAGAACUUUGCCUCGCCAGAUCCAGAAACUUGCCUUAUUGCUAUCCCCAAGUCUCAGACCAUAGAGGAAUCUUCACCUGGAACCCCAUCCACACCAUCCCCAGACAGUCCUUCCCAUUCCAGCGGGCAGCCCAACUCACCUGCUGAGUCCAGUGGCUGCAGUCUGUCUCCCCAGUUAAAGAAGCGAUCCGAAUCCAAGCCUACUCCUGACCCAAAAGCCUGUAACUGGAAGAAGUACAAGUAUAUUGUCCUUAACCCUCUGUGUGCCACACCUAUAAAGGAGGAGGGGGCUGAAGAGGAGCGGCAAACACAAAGCCACGCCCCCUUUGACAAUGACAGGAUGGAAGUCUCAUCUAAAACAACAAAUACCAUUCAGACAGGGGAGGAGCCUGGACUGAAUAAUAGGAAAACCUUGUCUCUUCUAUAUAACACAUCACAGCACCAAAUAUAUUUUAGUCCCCAUCAUGUUGUGGACAGCAGUUUGCAGCCCCUGCCCCUCUCGAUCAGUGAGGAUAAAGGUCUCUGCAGUCCUUAUAUUUGUACCCAAAUUGCCAAUCAGAGUCAUUUACUGGGCCAACACCCAAUCAAGUUUGAGAACCUCGCUACACAGUUCAGUUACCAUGGAAAUCAAGCCAUAAACACAAAAUCUUCCUGCUCAGGAGACAAGCCUUACCGCUGUAAUGUGUGUGGAGCACAGUUCAACCGGCCUGCCAAUUUAAAGACUCAUUCCCGCAUCCACUCUGGAGAAAAGCCCUACCGCUGCGACACAUGCGGAGCCAGAUUUGUCCAGGUAGCUCACCUGCGUGCCCAUGUUCUGAUCCACACUGGGGAAAAACCGUACCCAUGUAACACCUGCGGAACCCGUUUCCGCCACCUGCAGACGCUGAAGAGCCACCUGCGCAUCCACACUGGAGAGAAACCUUACAGCUGUGAGAAAUGUCACCUGCACUUCCGUCAUAAGAGCCAGCUGAGGCUUCACCUGAGACAGAAACAUGGCGCAAUCACCAACACCAAGAUCCGCUACAAGGUUCUGGCAGACCCGUACCAACCUGGACCCACUCUGCUACAAGCUUGCUAAGAGGCAUAUCAAAACAUCUCAGGCACCGUUGCUAUAUGCUCUCUCUGCAGAUAGGUCAAGAUCUAAACUGAAGAUUUAGGCUGAAGAUUGAUUGACCUAUAAAACAGUAUUGUAAAGAGUUUAAAGAGGUGGAGUGCUGCAUUCAAGGACAGCUUGACUGUAAAUGUACCAACGAAUACAGUCUUCCAAGAAUGCAGUACUCCUGCGCUAGAUGUGCUGACUAUUAUCUUUAUUAUUUGUUAAAAUAUUUUUUAUAUAUUUUGCUUUGCAUACUUUAUUUUCCUCAUGCUAUUUAAUCAGUUAUUUUGUUGUCAUAUUGGCCACUUUUUUACUGUGCCAGGAAAAAUGGUGAAAAUCAUUGUUAAAUCUAUAUACGGCCCUAUUCAGAUGGUAAUUGUUUCUCUUGGGGAAUGUGAGAGUAUUAUGAUAAGAUGGUAAACAAUUAUCAUCCAAAUAGGGCUUAAGACAGUAAAAACGAAGCAUGUUAUUUGAAAACACUUUAAUAGAUAUGGAAUUCAAUUUAUUUUUAUUUAUUUAUUUUUUGUUUGGUGUUAUGACAAAGAUGGUUUGUGGCAGAGUGUGAAUUAGGAGUUCAGAUUUGAGGUGUAAGAGCUGAAUGAAAGUAAAAAUGUUUAGAUAUAUUGAAUUCUGCAAGAAAGUGGGAAAGAUUAUGAAAGAAAGAUAGAUGAAGAAAGGAAGUGUAAAGAAGGAAUUAAGCAUGUUUGAGAAAGAACAGAUAAAAGAUACACUUAAUUGAUUUUAAAAAAAUUAAUAUGAUGUAAUUUUAUUUAUUUAUUUCGUUUUGAUUGUUUGUUUUGCCCAAAAGUAUUGCUCUUAUUUGUUCAUGGAUGCUUUCUGGUGUUUGUACUAUAUUCUGUUUCAUAUUUAAGAAGAUAACAGAACAGCCAGAAUGGAAAAACUCAAAUAUAUCCUCUUAGUUGUUUAUUUACCAGUUAUUCAGUAUGUUAACGUACUAAUUUAAACGGCCUGGAGCCUAUUUAAGUAACAAGAAGAAAAUUUGUAGAGGACUAGCCUCUCUGCGUAUCUUCUUAAUGAUACUUAUGUUUAAGAGACCAUUUCAUGAUUUUUAUGGUGUAUUAUAGUUGCUGAGAGUCCAAGCAGGUUGAGGACUAGCCAAACUAAUAUACAUGUAAAGACUGAUAAUGAUGAUGAUGAUGAGGAUAAUGAUGUCAACAAUACUAUGUUGCGCUCUUUUGCUGGACAAAGACAAGGCCUAUUUUAUAUAAAUUAAAGUUAAAUUAAUUUCUCA